AAAAAAAAAUUUACAGAUUGAGUUAAACUUUGUGCAAGAGAAAGUGUGUUUGGUUGAUGUUAUUACAGAAACCCUCCUUUAUUGAUGGUGCUGUGUUUUUCUUCUGCAACAGCCUCAACUCAGACCCUUUUAUUCUUUUCUUUGUUGAAGAAAAAAGAAAAUUAAAAAGGAGCAAUCUUUUGAGUAAAAAGGGAUAGUUAUGUCAGGUCUGUAUAAUACCAACUUUUCCCCUGCAAGAGCUGCUUCUCCUCAGAUUAGAAACACUCCUGAUGUUGACAGUCAGUACUUAUCAGAGUUGGUAGCUGAGCAUCAAAAGCUUGGGCCUUUUGUGCAGGUUCUUCCCAUAUGUAGCCGACUCUUAAAUCAAGAAAUUUUUCGGGUUUCGGGAAUGAUGUCCAACCAAGGAUUUGGGGAUUUUGACAGAUUAAGACAUAGAAGCCCUAGUCCUAUGGCGUCAUCAAACCUUAUGUCUAAUGUUGGUGGAACAGGGUUAGGCGGCUGGAAUGGCAUGCCUCAAGAGAGACUAAGUGGACCCCCUGGAAUGACGAUGGAUUGGCAAGGAGCACCUGCUAGCCCCAGUUCCUACACCGUGAAGAGAAUUUUGCGUUUGGAAAUUCCAGUAGAUACUUUUCCAAAUUUCAAUUUUGUGGGGAGACUCCUGGGCCCUAGAGGCAAUUCACUGAAACGGGUGGAAGUUACCACUGGCUGCCGAGUAUACAUUAGAGGGAAAGGAUCAAUAAAGGACCCAGACAAGGAAGAGAAGCUAAGGGGAAGACCAGGCUAUGAGCACCUGAACGAUCCACUUCACAUCUUAAUUGAAGCCGAUCUACCUGCCAAUGUUGUUGAAAUGAGGCUGAGACAGGCGCAAGAAAUUAUCGGAGAACUUCUCAAACCUGUGGACGAGUCACAAGACUUUAUCAAGCGGCAGCAAUUGCGUGAACUAGCAAUGCUGAAUUCAAAUUUCAGAGAAGAUAGUCCCGGACCUAGUGGUAGUGUCUCUCCUUUCAAUACGAGCGGAAUGAAACGUGCAAAAACAGUACGCUGAGAACACAUGCAUACUUCCAUAUGUAUCUCUGUAACGGUUUCCAUCCUGCUACAGGAUUUCACGGGGAAACCAGACAGUUGCUUCCAGUACAUCUCAAUGCAACAGAGCUACAAAAAAGAAUAGACUAACAAUUAUUGCUGGUGAGCUUUCCGGUCCGGGUGUCUGUUAUUUUUAUUUAUUUUUUUCCUCCCAAGGUAAAGGACAAAAUUGAAAGCCGUAAAAGAAAAACGAAAAAAAAAAGAAUUAUAUAGUUGGUUCUUGAAUUAGGCUUGAUGAGAUCAGUUUUUUUUUUGGAUCUUUUUAAAUGUAAACUUGAUAUAUUCAUUGGAUUUAUUCUUGUGUUAGGCAAUUAUGAGGACUGUGGGAAUAUAUAGUGAAUCUUGAGUUUUUGUAGCUGUCAUCGUUUUGCAUAGUGUGUAUUGAAUCCAAAUUGCUGACUUGUUUCUGAGAAUGUAUUUAUUUACAUUA